AUGUCGGAAGCCGAAAACGCUCAUCAAGUCCCCCUGGAGGGUUCAGGCACUGUGAGCACAAAUUCUAACUCGUUUAACGAGAAAUCAGGUAACUCAACUGUUCCUGGUACGGCAGGUUAUAACGAUGACUUGGCACAAGCUAAACCCGUUUCAAGUUACGUUUCUCAUGAAGGUCCACCUAAAGAUGAACUGGAAGAGCUGCAGAAGGAGGUUGACAACCAACUAGAGACUAAAUCCAAAUCGGAUUUAGUAUUUGUAUCCGUCUGCUGUUUGAUGGUUGCUUUUGGUGGGUUUGUGUUUGGAUGGGAUACUGGUACGAUAUCCGGUUUUGUUAGACAGACAGACUUCAUAAGGCGGUUUGGUAGCACUCGUGCGAACGGCACAAACUAUCUCUCCGACGUCAGGACUGGUCUGAUGGUUUCUAUUUUCAACAUCGGUUGUGCUAUCGGAGGUAUAGUCUUGUCCAAGCUGGGUGACAUGUAUGGACGUAAGAUUGGUCUAAUGACUGUUGUUGUCAUCUACUCAAUUGGUAUCAUCAUCCAAAUUGCUUCCAUCGACAAAUGGUACCAAUAUUUUAUCGGCAGAAUUAUCUCAGGGCUAGGUGUUGGUGGUAUCACAGUUUUAGCACCUAUGCUAAUUUCUGAAGUAUCGCCCAAACAAUUGCGUGGUACUUUGGUAUCGUGUUACCAACUAAUGAUCACAUUCGGCAUUUUUCUAGGAUACUGUACUAAUUUUGGUACAAAGAAUUACUCAAACUCCGUUCAAUGGAGAGUGCCCCUAGGUCUAUGUUUUGCAUGGUCUAUCUUCAUGAUUGUGGGUAUGUCAUUUGUUCCUGAAUCUCCACGUUACCUGGUCGAAGUGGGCAAAAUUGAAGAGGCAAAGAGGUCUUUAGCGAGAGCUAAUAAAACAACUGAAGAUUCUCCUCUAGUUACUUUAGAAAUGGAGAAUUAUCAAGCUUCUAUCGAGGCUGAAAGAUUAGCUGGCUCUGCUUCUUGGGGCGAAUUGGUUACCGGUAAACCCCAAAUGUUUAGACGUACCCUAAUGGGUAUGAUGAUCCAAUCUUUACAACAGUUGACUGGUGAUAAUUACUUUUUCUACUACGGUACUACAAUUUUCCAAGCUGUGGGUUUAGAGGAUUCAUUCGAAACAGCUAUUGUUUUAGGUGUUGUUAAUUUUGUUUCAACUUUUUUCUCCCUAUACACCGUCGACCGUUUCGGUCGUCGUAACUGUUUACUAUGGGGUUGUAUUGGUAUGAUUUGUUGUUAUGUCGUUUAUGCCUCUGUCGGUGUUACCAGAUUAUGGCCGAACGGUCAAGACCAACCAUCUUCGAAAGGUGCUGGGAACUGUAUGAUCGUUUUCGCGUGUUUCUAUAUUUUCUGUUUCGCUACCACUUGGGCCCCCGUUGCUUACGUCCUUAUCUCUGAGUCAUAUCCUUUAAGGGUCCGUGGUAAAGCAAUGUCAAUUGCCAGUGCAUGUAACUGGAUUUGGGGGUUUUUGAUCAGUUUUUUCACUCCGUUUAUCACUUCUGCAAUCAAUUUCUAUUAUGGGUAUGUCUUUAUGGGUUGUAUGGUGUUCGCUUAUUUUUAUGUAUUCUUCUUCGUUCCAGAGACGAAAGGCUUAACACUAGAAGAAGUUAACGAAAUGUAUGAAGAAAAUGUGUUACCUUGGAAGUCUACGAGGUGGAUUCCACCUUCUAGAAGGACGGCAGAUUAUGAUCUAGAUGCUACUAAAAACGAUCCUAGACCUUUUUAUAAAAGGAUGUUCACUAAAGAAAAGUAA